AUGGCUCGACGAUUCGCUUUCUUAUUCCUUCUCAUAUCUUUUGCUUUAGCCGGUGAAAUUUACGCCGCCGAUUCAUCUUCACCUUUUCCACCGACAACAACGUCAACCACCACUGUAAAAUCUCCCCCAGAGCUUCUCGUCGGGAAUAACUCAACGGACGGUACAGAUUACUCAGAUUACGAAGUCCCUAUAAAUCUUGCGCCGGAAGGAGUUGAGGUCGUGGAAGAUUAUGCGCCGUUCAAUGCUGGUAGAGGACCUGAUGAGCUUGCGCAACCUGAAGACGAUUUAAAAAUUAGUAAGGGAGAUAAUAAGCCUGUGAACUCGGCCUCUUCUUUUUCUUCUUUUUCCUCCAACGUUGUCUUCUUUGCUGCUGCUGGAUUAUUUUUGUUUUGA